CCACUUGAUCAGGGUGAUGGUGGGAUCACAGAUAAUAAAACAUUGUUCAGUUUAUUUAAAAGCUCUCUUUUAGUUGUUUCUUGCAUUGCAUUGUAAGCUAUUAUGCAUAUCGUGUUUUCUCUGAAUGUGUGAUUUGGUCUUUUCGGUGUACUUUUGCGCGUCUGAUCACAUCAGUCUGUUAAUUGUUGUCGUGUCGACUUAAAGAGUCAUUUCCCACAAAAGGGAAUCUAAUUAUUUUCUUUUCUCUUACACAUUAACCGCCAACAUCGCCUUAUUCACACCCGGGUGACAAACGCGCGCUCAUCCUCCGCGUUUUGCCACUUUCGUCUCUUUGAACUUUGCGCUCGUAAAGAUCUGGGGUAUAAAAGCAAAGUUUUACCCCACACUGGGUCAUUUUCUUCGUGACAAAACCACAGAGAGGAGAUGGCACAGGUCGAUGACAGUGUGGACAUCGAUGCUGCUACGGCAAAUAUUCUGACGCAUUGGGGCUGGAACAGAGAGGAGAGGACGUUUGGAGACAGCGCGUCUUCUUCACCGGAUUCCUCAUUUGAAUCCAUGUGCUCAUCACCGGAGAUGCGCUCCAGUCCCGGAGGAUGCCCGGAGUACCAGCUGUCCGGACGCAAACACAACCGCUUCUCUGAGCAACAGAAGCCCAAAGUCAAGAUGAGCAUCAAGAGGAGAGUGAAGGCGAGCGAGCGAGAGAAGAUGCGCAUGCGCAGUCUGGCGGAGGCGCUGCAUCAGCUGCGGGAUUACCUGCCGCCGGUGUACAGCAGAAGAGGACAACCGCUUACCAAGAUCCAAACCCUCAAAUACACCAUCCAGUACAUCAAAGAACUCUCCACCAUCCUCGAGCAGUAAUGAGGACAUUCACGUGUGUUUGAAGUCUUUCAUGGUCACGGGAAGAUCUGUGUUUUCAGUUCUUCAUCAUCUUUUACGGACAUAAUUCUCUUGGAGCAGAAAGGAUCGUGAUUUUUUGACUGCUGUUGUACAGAUUUUAUUUUCUAUUUUUCCCCACCACAUGUGUUUUUCUGAUGUAAAUAUU